AUGAAACAACCCAGUAUAGGUGAUCCACGCUCAAGAAAGAUGUCACACUCAGUUCGAGAAGCUACUCAUGCGGGAAGUUGGUAUUCGGCUAAAGCGACCGAAUUAUCCUCACAAUUGAAAUCAAAUUUAUCGAAAGUAACCCCUUUACCUGACUUGGCCUUCAACCCUCCUGAACAGAACGCAAAAGCAGUCAUAGCCCCUCAUGCUGGAUAUAGCUAUAGUGGUCCGGCCGCAGCUUGGGCUUAUGCAUCUAUUCCAACUGAUAAGAUCAAAAGAAUCUUCUUACUUGGUCCAUCGCAUCAUUCAUAUCUUCCAGGAGUAGCUCUAUCCACUUUUGGAUCAUACGGAACUCCUCUUGGCGAUAUUCCACUUGACACAGAUACCAUCGCAUCUCUGAAGCAAACCGGAAUAUUCUCUGAGAUGAAACAUUCUGUUGAUGAAGAUGAACAUUCGCUGGAAAUGCACUUGCCCUAUAUUAGGCAUAUCUUCAAGGACCGAAAAGAUCUCACCCUAGUCCCAAUCUUAGUGGGACACCCAAACGCCCAAACAUCAAAAGAAUUGAGUAAAGUCCUCGCUCAAUAUUGGUCAGACGAAGAAACCUUUUUCAUCAUUUCUUCAGAUUUCUGUCACUGGGGAACACGAUUCUCAUGCACGCCAUAUUAUCAUAAUGCUCCCCCUCCGCCCAAUGCAGUACCUCCUGUAACUCAAGAAACUCUACCUGCUUCUUUUGAGCCUCCCGAACUGACAAAGAGGUUCUCGAGUGCAGUAUCUAAUCCUGAUGUACCCAUUUGGAAAAGUAUACAAUAUAUGGAUCAUGAAGGUAUGGAUUUAUUAAGAUAUCCAGCUGAAUUUGCUGCUUUGGAGAAAUGGGAAGCUUACUUGGAUGAAACGAAGAACACCAUUUGUGGGCGAAACCCAAUCACAGUCUUACUCGGUCUCAUUCAACACGUUUAUCAUGAUAAACCGGAAGAUCAAAAACCUACUUUCACGUUUGUAAGAUACGAACAGAGUAGUAAAUGUGUAAACGGAAAAGAUAGUAGUGUUAGUUAUGUUAGUGGGGUAUUGAAGGUUCCAAAGUGA